AUGGAUCCCCAUCCAAGCAUUGCGAAUCCAGCCGAUAAGGAGCCUGACUCUACUCGCAGACAAGUUUUCGAGGGAACCGUCGCGCUCGGUGACGGAAUAUUUCAAGGAAUGGUGAUUGCAUGCCAGAUUAUCGCCGUGACGUCUUACAUGUGCCAUGCCACAAGCUUUGCGCUGACGGCCCGCAUCAUGGACCACUGGUGUCGACCUCCCGAUGACAUCAACAUGAGCACGAGCCAGUGGAAGAAUAUUGCCAUCCCAGUCACGGAGGACGGACGCAAUAGCCAAUGCAGCAUGUACAGUCCACCGCUGAAGACCGAAAAUUCCACGAUGCGCACCCUCAUUCCCUGCACUGAGUGGGAUUUUGAUCUGGAAGAGUACGGCAGCACCAUCAUCAGCGAAUGGAGCCUGGUCUGCAGCCGCUCCUGGCUGGCACACCUGGCUUCGCUGUUGUUCCACAUCGGCGCAGCCAUCGGUGGUGUGGUUUUCGGAACGGUGGCCGACCAUAUUGGACGCAGACCUGUCGCCUACUUCUGCAUUGUGAUUAAUUUAUUGGCAGGCUUUGGUAGCGGACAGCACAACUCGUUCUUCGUUUUCGUGACUGUUCGUUUUAUGGUGGCGGCAAGCUCGGACACCUUGAUGAAGGUAUUGUUUGUGAUACUUUACGAGGUGUCCUCUCCUCACAAGUGGUUAAUGUACUCUUUUCUUUGCGGCUUGGUUCCGCUGGUCAUUGUUCCUGUCAUCAUUGUUUCGCUAACUUUGUUCAAAUUGAGCUGGAUCGCUGUUCACACGAUAAUCAUGAUCCCCACGUCGUUGCUUGUGGUUUCCUUCUACUUUAUCCAGGAGUCACCUCGGUGGCUCUUGGCUACUGGGAAUAUUCAGGAGGCCCGGAGAGUGGUCAUCCUGGCCGCCGCGACCAACCACGUUUCGCUUAAGAUCGCAAGGCGAUCUUUGAUGAAAGCGGAGGCCGAUAUGAAGGGCGUGGCCGCCGAGAACCAGAGGACAUCGCCUCUCACCAUCAAAGAGAUGUUUGUUGAUCCCACACAGAAAAAGAGGUCGAGUGUCCUCUUUUUCGCCUGGUUCGCCGUGGACUUCGCAUUCUCAGUGAACAUCUUGAGGGACUAUUUCGUGUAUUACCAGUCGUUCAUUAUCGCCUAUGUCGUGUUCAUGCCCCUGGGUUUCGCUUUCUUGUUUUUCGCCAUUGAUCGAUUUGGCAAGAAGAAAGUACUAGUGAAUAUCGUCUUACUGCUCAGCGUCGGAACUGUUCUUCUGACUGUCACCUACGACGACACACCGACAGCAAUAACCAGUGCCUUGUUGGUUUUUGUCAAGAUUCUCUCCUCGCUUGCCAUAUUUGUUUUAGCCAUUUUCACGGUUGAGCUCUUCCCCACCGAGCUUCGCUCCACUGGCUUAGGUGCCACAACCGGAUUUGGGACCGUUGCGACGAUUGCUACUAUGCUGCUCACCAUCUCUGAAACGAAGCUUCGCAAGGGGGUGAUGCUCGCACUCAUCACAGCCCUAUCAGCUUGUGGGGCACUUGCACUGCAUAUGCUUCCGGACAUAUCCUCCCCUACACUGUUCUUCCGGCAACCCGAAGAUAAAGAAGAGGACCGAAAGCAACGAAUUCUGGCCUCUUUAAGUCCAGUCCAGUCGCGAAAGUCAAUCAGCAAGGCCAAGAAGAAAGCACCCGGCACUUCCGUGGCUCUGCCACUGUCCUCUGCCUCCCAUGUUGCUUCUGAAAAGCUGAAACGAGUCCUUCGAUCCUCAGGAAUCGGUUCUAGGACUUCAUCAUCAUCUCAAUCGGACCAGAUGCAUAGCCCUGCUAAGCCACGUACAUCAAAGUAA